AGGAUACAACAAGCACUGACUAGCAGCGGUUUUUCACUUUAUCAACUAAUUUUCAUCUCAUUAUUUUGCGUUCUUCGUGCGACCGAAUUGAAUUAUGAGACCUGCUGGUUUUUGCAGGUGAUUUUUGCAUUAUUUUUGCUAUUACGUAAUUUUCAGGAUAAUAUUAGCUCGACGAGUUCGUUGGCAUCGAAUCUUCGUAAGGCCUACACGAACGAGUGGGCGGUGCGGAUCGCUGGUGGCUCUGAGGAGGAGGCUACGCGAUUGGCCACCAAGUACGGGUAUCUGAACUUGGGUCGAAUCAUUCCGGGUGAAGAGUAUUUUUUGUUUCGUAAUGUCAAUCAGCGAAGUCGAUCUGCCAGAAGAACACGAAGUCUUCAACUGAAUCGGAUCUCCCAUGAGCCUGAAAUUCUCUGGAUGGAACAGCAAGUGGCAAAAAAGCGCGUCAAAAGGGACUAUCGGCAUUGGUCACAAUCGAGACGAGCACGGCCGAUUAAUGAGAAUGAUCUCAAUUUUGGUGAAGACGAAAUCCUCGUCAGUAAGUCACGGAACCGUAAACAACCGGAUCCAAACGACCCCCUAUGGACUGAUAUGUGGUACCUGAAUCGCGCUGAAAUCACCGGUAAUUCCAAGAUGGACCACAAUGUCAAGGAAGCUUGGGAUCUUGGCUAUACCGGUCGUGGAGUGGUCGUGACAAUAUUGGACGACGGCCUCGAACGGACCCAUCCUGACAUUGCUCCCAACUAUGACGCCCGUGCCUCGUACGACGUCAAUGACCGUGAUGAUGAUCCAAUGCCACGUUAUGAGUAUUCCGAUGAGAAUCGCCAUGGGACGAGAUGUGCUGGUGAGGUAGCGGCCAUCUUCAACAAUAGCCUUUGCAUCGUGGGAAUCGCCUAUAAUGCCCGGAUAGGAGGUAUCCGAAUGCUCGACGGAGAUGUGACAGAUGCAGUGGAAGCCGCAUCGCUAGGCCAUAACUCGGAUUAUGUUGAUAUCUACAGUGCGUCGUGGGGACCUGACGAUGACGGUCGAACAGUCGAUGGGCCUGCAAAGCUUACCCGAGCCGCUUUUGAGCGAGGUAUUCGAGAAGGACGACGUGGGAAAGGUUCGGUAUUCGUGUGGGCAUCGGGAAAUGGUGGCAAAGAUGCGGAUUCGUGCAAUUGCGACGGUUACACCAACAGCAUCUACACCCUGUCGAUUUCGGCCGCUACAGAGAACGGUAACAUUCCGUGGUACUCGGAAGCAUGUAGCAGUACAUUGGCCAGUACGUAUUCGAGUGGUGCAACUGGGGAAAAGAUGAUCGUCACCACGGAUUUACACCACGCUUGCACCAACACCCAUACGGGAACGUCAGCCAGUGCUCCUUUGGCUGCAGGGAUCGUUGCGCUGACACUCGAAGCCAACCCGGACCUUACGUGGAGAGAUCUGCAGCAUAUCGUGAUCCGAGCUGCAAAGCCGAUUAAUCUCCGUGCUGGGGAUUGGGUGACGAACGGAGUUGGUCGCAACGUCUCACACUCCUUCGGAUAUGGUCUGAUGGAUGCCGGUGCCAUGGUGCAGCUCGCUCGAAAUUGGACCACUGCACCCGAACAACACAAAUGUCGGCAGUUCUACCCAAGCCGUUUCAAGUCAGUGACUCCCUUAACGACCCAGUCUUUCUUGUCUUACCCAGGAAGUUCCAGGACAAUCCCUCACGGAAAUCGGCUUCAAUUGCAACUGUACACUGAUGGUUGUGCUGGAUCACCCGACGAACAGGUAGUGUACCUGGAGCAUGUGCAGGCAAUAAUCACUUUGAAAGCGCCAAAAAGAGGCGAUAUACAGAUCUACUUGACAAGUCCUUCAGGAACACGUUCCACUCUACUGACCAAGCGGGCACGGGAUACUAGUCGAGCAGGAUUUAUCGAAUGGGCUUUCAUGACCACUCACAGUUGGGGAGAGCUCGCUGCCGGUCUCUGGACGCUUGAGGUCGAUAACGAUGGAUGGGAUGAUGCUGAAUUGGUGAAAUGGGACCUCGUGAUGUUUGGCACCGUUGACGAAACUACCCAAUACGGUGGUGGCCAUAACUCGGCCCUAAUGGCUCGAUCAUUAGCCCAUAUGAAGGAGAUUCGGACCGGUGUGAAGAUGGCGCCGUUGCAUGCUCGCCUUGCCUCGAUUCUGCUGCCGAUGCUGAUUCUUCUUCUUCGAUUAUGA